UCUGAGCAGUCCCUCCAUACGCCGAAAAGCGCUAUUGCUUGGAGACACCUUGUGCGGUAAAACACACAUGGCGAGCAUGUGGAGCGAGAAUAAAAUUCUAGACGAAGAUACGCCCCUAACGAACACCUUUGUAACAUCGACGACGGUAGAUGGCCGUGAGAUAGAGCUUGUCACAUGGGAUACCAGAAGCUUGGACAUGUACGAGAGCUUGCGUCGCCUGUCGUAUGAGGGAACGCACAUCGUGUUAAUCUGCUUUGACAUCACCGACCCAGAUUCGUUUGACAACAUUGAGGAAAUGUGGAACCCAGAGGUUAACCAAUACCUCCAAGAUGUACCCAAAGUUCUCGUUGGCUGCAAAAUGGAUCUACGAAAUAGCGAGACAGCGCUCGCUGGUUUGCGUCUCCGAAACCUCAUGCCAGUCUCUCCAUAUGCUGCAGAUAAACUUGCAAUCAAGAUACAAGCACUGGCCUACUUUGAAACAUCGGCUGUGAAGAACCAAGGCCUCACGGAGCUCUUCGACUACGUCGCAGAUGCUGCAGCAAAACUAGCACCAAAGCGCAGAUCUGGAGCUAUCAGAAGAGUCUUGUCGAGAGGUCAGAUCAAUUUGAAAUUCCUGUAUUGA